AUGGAAGGAGGAAAUGGAAGGGAAAGGAAGAAGGAUGGAAGGAGGAAGUGGAGGAAGGAAGGUGGAAGGAAGGAAGGAAGGAAGGAUGGACAGAUGGUGGAAGGAAAGGAAGGGAGAGGGAAGGGAUGGAAGGACAGAUGGGAAUCGACAUCAUACGGUGGAAAAAGCCGACACGACGACCGACCACAUGGAGACGACGACAGGAAGGGAGAAGGACGAGACGACCGACGACACGACCGGAGAAUGGAGGACGACGAUGGAGGAAUGACGACACCGGAAGGACGACACGACGACACGAUGGAAGACACGACACACGAGACAAAACGAAGGAAGGAGACGACGACACGACACCGGAGAAGACGACGACGACGACGACGACGACAACAGGAGACAGAGACGACGACACUGACGACAUGGACAAGGAAAGGAGACGACAGUGGAGAAGAUGGUGCAGGAAAUGAGACGACGACCGAGAAGAAGGAAGACGACGGCAGUGAAAUGGAGAAUGGAAGGAGAAAUGGAGACGACGACAUGGACGGAGACGACGACAGAAUGGAGAAGGAGGAAGGAGAGUGGACGACACGGAGAAGGAAACGUGGAAAGGACAAGGAAGGAAAAGGAGACGACGACAGUGGAUGGAGGAAGACGGAAGGAACGGAGGACGACCGACACGACGCAGAACGGAAAGGACGGACACACAGGAGAAGGUGA